AUGGAUUGGUCCACAAGAUUGAGAAUUGCUCUAGGGUCUGCUAAAGGACUGGCUUAUCUGCACGAGGACUGCCAUCCUAAGAUCAUACAUCGUGACAUUAAGGCAGCCAACAUACUUCUGGAUUUUAACUUUGAGGCAAUGGUUGCAGAUUUUGGACUUGCAAAGCUUUCUUCUGAUGUCAACACUCACAUAUCCACCAGGGUGAUGGGAACUUUUGGAUACCUGGCUCCGGAAUAUGCUUCUUCUGGGAAACUUACAGACAAGUCUGAUGUUUUCUCAUUCGGAGUCGUGCUUCUAGAGUUAAUUACUGGACGUCGACCUGUUAACUCAUCUCAAUCUUACGUAGAUGAUAGCUUGGUAGACUGGGCGCGGCCCUUGCUCACACAAGCUUUGGAAGAUGAAAACUUUGAUAUGCUUGUUGAUCCACGGUUGCAAAGGGAUUACAGACCAAACGAGAUGGCUCGUAUGGUUGGUUGUGCUGCUGCUUGUGUAGUGCGGGCCUUCGAAGGAGACAUAUCUUUGUCUGAUCUUAACGAAGGAAUCAAACCCGGACACAACACAAUCUACAGUUCUCAUGGCAGCUCAGACUAUGACACUAACCAAUACAAUGAGGACAUGAAAAAAUUUAGGAAGAUGGCUCUGGGAACCAAAGAGUAUGGAAGCAACGAGCACAGUGCACUAACUAGCGAAUAUGGAUUGUAUCCAUCUGGUUCGAGCAGCGGAGGCCAACAAACCACUCCAGAAAUGGAGAUGGGAAAGAUGUGUGGGAGAUAA